AUCUCGGUUAAUCUCACUUAGUGAAUGGUGAUUAGCAAUGGGCCAACAACUUAUUAAACAGAAAUCCUGGUUAACAGGAAAACGCAAGCAACCAACUACCGGACCAGAAGAAGAUGACGAAAUUUAACCUUAAAUUUUAAAUUUGUUUAUGUUACAAUAAUAAUAACAAAUAAUACAACUAGAAUUUAGAACAUUUAUUGUCACGUUUUAUGUUAAAUCUCACAGUGAUGUAAUCCAGUAAAAAUGGCACACUUACGAAAAACGUUUAUUUAUAUCAACAGUGAAUUUGCAUUUGAAUCCCAUAUUGUUAUACCACUUGAAGAUUCUGUAGAAGAACUAGUACAUAUAAUGAUGAUAAAACAUGAUUUACCAAUAUACGUGGAAACUGAUCUCAUCGAAGAUUUAUUGAAUUUUAUUAAUGAUAGGAGCAUUGAGUAUUACAACGAAGAAAUAUCACAGAUUGUAGAUGACGCCAAGCAAAACAAAGUUAGUAUAGAGGAUGUCACAAAGGAAUGGGAAAAAUUAAUGAAGGAGGAAAUGACUGAAUAUGGAGAGCGUAGGUGUGCCUCAGACGAGGAAUUAUUUGCUACAGCUUACCAUAAAAUGGUGCAUUCUCCAGCAUUGGAAACAAUGUUACAAUUGGAACAUAUGUAUUCCAAGACUGUGAUACAGAAAACUUAUGAAAAGAAACAUUUCAUACAGAACUUGUCUGAAAGACAAAGUCAGGAAAUGAAUGAUGCCGUGGACCGAUUAGAAAAAGAUAUGACAGAAUCAAAAAUCAAUGAAUUAGUGGCUAAACAUUAUGAAGCUCAUGCAUUACUUCAGGGUAAAUUAACAAGUGAAUUGGAUACUAUAAAAGAAGCCCAAAGAAGAGAAUAUAGGGAAUGGUUAAUGCAGAUGCUUGAAGAAAAUCAGACCAAUAGCUCAUUACCAACUCCCAAUUCGCCCUUAGCACCGGUCGUUACUGAAGUCGUUAUACCGAAUCGAACUUUUGAUAACAGAUUGGCAGAUGCUCCUAUAUUAGAAGAAAGUUUUACAAUUCAUUUAGGAUCUCAAUUAAAACAGAUGCACAACAUAAGAGUUCUAUCUGCCAACGUUAUGGAUCUGUGCGCAGUUGAAGAUAGUAAACAAUUAUCUGAACCCACUCCACAAUUACUCCAAACGGCACUAGCUCUUUAUUCCAAUGAUCUGUCGGGGCUGGUACUAAUGACGGAUAAUAAGAUAGGAUCGAGAGUAACUCAAGAAUUUCAGGAUAUUUGUCAAAGGACAACUGAAUUUCAUUUUCCACAUAUCGAAGAUCAGUUAGAUAAAAUUUCGAGCAUUGCUCAACAUUAUCUGAGGAGUAAUGAAAAACACGAAAGUAGGAGUGCUCAUAGCGAGCUUCUUCAACCUGGUGAUUUCUACAUGACAAAGCAUUCUAACUUGGCUCAAGUCCAUGUUAUCUUCCACAUGGUUUCCGAUGAGAGUCUUAGGGGUAGUGAAAUAAAUAGUCGUCAUCCAGUCGUCCUGGGAUUGCGAAAUAUCCUUAAAACUGCUUGUUCUAAUGACAUCACUUCCUUGACUGUACCCUUGUUACUGCAGUAUGAUAUGACAGAAGAAAUGACCAUCUCUUGGUGUGAGAAAAGGGCAGAGUUGGUUUUUAAGUGCGUAAAAGGGUUUAUGAUUGAAAUGGCAUCAUGUGGUGGCUCAGAUUUAAAAAAUUUGCAGUUUAUGUUGCCUCAGGGUAUUUCGAACCAAGUAUUUCAAUCCAUGACUGAGAUGCUUCCGCGGAUAUUUAAAGUAUCCAAUCCAAAGAUACUAAAAUAAAAAAA